AUGUUUUGGGCUGUUCCCCUAGCCGUCAGUUGGCUGGGGAUCACGACCACGGCAGCAGCAGCUGCUCAUCACCGUGGUCCGCAUGUCUCCAGGCCGCCCCCCGACUUUUCACCCCGGGGAGAUCCCUUUUACUACAUGGUUGACAAUACCUUCAACACACAUAAAACCGCACCUGAUAAGGGCACUCAGAAUGGCGCCGUGUGGCUGCACUCGGGAAGCUUUGAGAACUACAUGGCCAAUCUCAAUGGAAAAGGCAAUAGCAACUCAACAGCACCCGACUUCCGUGGAGCUGCGACCACCAAUGAUACUUCGAACUACCUUCACAACGUCGCUUUCGGUGCCGGGGGAAUACCCUUCAUCAGCGACAAUAACAGCAGUGCCGGCGCCGGCCCCCCAGUAGACGGAUCGGGAAACUCGACGUCUUCUCUGAAGACUCGAAGUGUCAAGUCCCGACAGGGCUCGGAUUACUGGCUUCCAGAGCUGGCGCCGCUGGGAUCCCAACCCCUAGCUGCCAGUGGCUAUAAGCUUUACCGCGAUGUUACAGCCUACGGUGCUGUGGGAGACGGUUCUCACGAUGACACUGAAGCUAUCAAUGCUGCUAUCCAGGAUGGACACCGGUGCGGCGAGGAUUGUGGCAGUACCUUCACCCAAGGGGCCAUCAUCUACUUCCCACCCGGAACGUAUAAAAUCUGCCGUCCCAUCAUCCAGCUCUACUACACGCAGUUUAUCGGCCAUGCUACCAACCGGCCUACAAUCGUCGGUUGUGAAACCUUCUCCGGCAUUGGGCUGAUCGACACAGACCCGUACAUCCCCGGCGGCAAUGGCGCUCAGUGGUUCGUCAACCAGAAUCAAUUCUUUCGCCAGAUCCGAAACUUCGUCUUCGAUUUGACGAAAAUGCCCCUUAAGACGGACGAUAACGGCCAGCCACUGGCCCCGACUGGUCUUCACUGGCAAGUUGCUCAAGCAGCGUCCCUGCAAAACCUGCUCUUCAAGAUGCCGACGAACGACGGCAACGGGACCCACGUCGGCAUCUUCAUGGAGAACGGGUCCGGCGGGUUCGUGUCGGACCUCGAGUUUCAGGGAGGCGCCGUCGGCUGGAGGGCCGGAACGCAGCAGUACACGGCCCGCAACCUCAAGUUCACGGGCUGCACCGAGGCGGUGCAGAUGAUCUGGGACUGGGGAUUCAACUGGCAGCAGAUCGAAGUCGACGGCGGCUCGAUAGCCUUCAACAUCAGCGCCAAGGGCGGCAUCACCGCCCAGGGCGUGGGUUCCAUCUCCCUCAUUGACUCCAAGUUCACCAAUGUGCCCACGGGAAUCCUCACCUAUGCCGGCACCGAUGCACCCCCCAACAUGGUCAUCGACAACCUGGUCACGAGCAAUGUUGGCGCCGUCGUCAAGACAGCCGAUGGUGAGGUUCUGCUGGGAGCCUCCGAGCACGUCGCGCUGUGGGCCAUCGGCCCACGGUACAUCGGUGGACAGGGUGGUUACCAGAGCGGCGAUGUUUACGGUGUCCCGAGCAAGCCGUCGAGUCUGUUGAGUGACGGAAGUCUCUUUGCCAGGUCUCGUCCCCAGUAUGAGACUCUCGGCGUGGGCAGUUUCCUCGUUGCCACGGCCGCGGGCAUCAAGAACGAUGGCACCGGCGAUCAAACGGCUGCCAUCAACACUUUCCUUCAGAGCGCUGUAAGCCAGGGACUGGUGGCAUAUUUCCCAGCGGGUAUCUACCAGAUCCAAGGCACCGUCUUUGUCCCUGUCGGUUCCAAAAUCCAGGGAGCUAGUUGGUCGCAGAUCCAAGGUACUGGGACCUACUUCCAAGACAUGAAGAACCCCAAGGUCAUGGUUCAAGUCGGUCAACCCGGCGACAAGGGUGUCUUGGAGAUUGUUGAAAUGCUGUUCAGCGUCAAAGGGCCAACUGCCGGCGCCAUCUUGAUGGAGUGGAACGUCCACGAGAGUACCCAGGGAUCAGCUGCCAUGUGGGAUUCACACUUCCGCGUCGGUGGUGCGACAGGUAGCGAGUUGGCCAUCGGCGACUGCCCCAAGUUCGGAUACAGCGAGAAGUGCAUUGCUGCCUCUCUGUUGUUCCACAUUACUUCAAAAGCCUCUGGUUAUUUUGAGAACGUCUGGGUCUGGACUGCCGACCACGAUAACGACAUGAACAUGUACUAUGAACUAGACGCUUCAGUUAACCAGGUCAGCAUCUAUACUGGCAGGGGAAUGCUUAUCGAGUCCCAAGGCCCCUCCUGGUUCAUCGGUGGUGGCUCGGAGCAUAGCGUUUUGUAUCAAUACCAGUUGUUAAACGCCAAGGAUAUCUACUUGGGCCACAUCCAAACGGAAUCUCCAUACUAUCAGCCUGAUCCAGUUGGCCCCAAGCCCUUUGAUGCAGUCUCCAAUCCCGGAUUCCCUUCGGAUCCGACGAUCGACGACUGCAAGACUGAUACGUGCCGCAACUCGUGGGCUGUUCGGAUCAUCGACUCUUCCGACAUCUACAUCCACAGUGCCGGCAUGUACAGCUUCUUCCAGAACUAUGACCAGGAUUGUGUCGGCACGUUUGACUGCCAGGACCGAGUCAUCCAGGUCAGGGGCUCCCACGAUGUUGCCAUUUUCAACAUCUUCACGGUUGGUUCAGUUCAAGUUGCCAACGGCGCGGGAAACCAAUUCAUCACGCAAGAUGACACGCAGAGUGGUUUCACCACCGAAGUCAGUGUUUGGGUUCCGCCCCUCGGUGACGACGACUAUGAAGUCGUCUAUCUCGGUUCUGAGGUGUAUACCUCUUACACGGCCCAAUGCACGGCGCCGUGCAUCUUCGUGCUCCCGCCGAGUGCCAUCCCAACAACGACAAUCACCAUUCUGUCUUAUGUAACCUCAAUCCAGGUCGGUUCCGGGGUAGGCACCACCACUACGAUAACAGUCCACCCCACCGCCAUCACAACAGACUCGAUGGGCUUCUCCAACGUCAACGUCACUUCGGACCAAAACACACAAUUUGGGUUUGUCCCAACCAAAAGUGUCCCUGUGGCGCCGGUGACGGUCGACGUGACCGGACCCGAUGGCCAACCAACCCACCGUACUCUCAGCCUUCCCCCGUGGCCAGCCAUCAACAACGGGCCACCACUUGGCUGGCCAAGCUCAGCAGGGCCAUGGGGCUCAAAUCCUGCAGGAGGUGGAGUUGGUGGAGGUGUUGUGAGCGGAACACUUAUGGUCCCGUUCGUGACCCCGUACUCGGUUGGGUUCACAGCCACGGGCCCGACCACCGCGACUGUCACCUUCCCUUCAGUCGUGAGCCCCACCACGGUGUCUUGCCCUCCGUCUUCUGUCUUCUCUUUCAACACCCCAGCAACCGCCGUGACCCUACCCUGCCCGGGAGUCAUGACCAUCGACUUUACCUGCCCAACCACCAAAGUCGUCACCAUCACAGCAUCCACAAUAACGCAGGUCACUGUCGACUGUACCACCAUCAUCGGCGUCAGUGUGCCCACCUCGGACACGACGUCGACUACCACGACGCCUUUGCCCAUCUGGACUACCUGGCCUCCGGGGAUCAUCGCCCCCGUCACCACGAGUGUGGACAAGCCCAAGCCGACAGGCGAUCACAGCGAGACGCCAUGCCACCUUUGGUUCUUCUGGAUCUGCAUUUCCUUCCAGGAUAUCAACAUCAAGGGAUGGUCAUGGAGUCUACCUCCGGGAAUCUAUCCUCCUGGCCCGCCCCCUCUCAACAUCUUCCGUCCUCCGCCGGGAUGGACAAUCAAAGGGCCGCUCCCGCCCUGGCCUCCGAUCACCAUUGGAUCCGAUCGUGUCCCAACCUUCGACCCAAACAAUGACAACAAGCCGUGCGAGACCAAGAGCGCGUCCAUCUGCUCCACAACCACGUCGUUCGUCUCCGUCGUAUCGGAUGGAACCACGCAGACGUCCACUUCCACGAGCGCCACGUGCGCGACCAUCUUGGGCUGCAACGUCGAGGACGAAAACAGCACAACCGACGUCGCGACCUGCACGGUGGAGAGGGCAAGGCGCAAGCGAAGAGACACUCCCCAGACCGCAGUGCCUGCACUGGCAACGGCCGCCGCCGCAGCGCGCGUGGUGCCUCGUGAUGAUACGCCCCCCGACAGUGAUAGUGACUGCGACGACGAGUUUGGCUCCGAUUCCAUCAUUUACCUCCGUGAUCCAAAAGACUCGGUUGCAGCCCAGAAGAUCAGGGACAUGCUUGCCAACGAGUUCUUCCACGAGGCCAGGUCUGAGGCGCUGAAAUUCACGGCCUUCUUCUGGGUUGAACAGCUUGGCGAUAACACGGCAGCGAUAAUGAAAAAAAUGGACGAGGUCGCCUAUGUUUACGAUUAUGAACAAUAUAACCAGAACAAUCCUGAUCCGGACCGCAGCUCAGGGAGAAGUGUUUCUGCCAGCCGCCGGAACGGCACAAUGGAGCUUGUCAAGCGCGAAGAUCAGAAGAGCAACUUCUGGGAACUCUCGGAAGUCUCCACACCCAGGAAAGGAGAUUGGUACAACGACGAAAGGAUCCGAGUCCAAAAUCCAACCACGCAGCAGACUGACUACAGCUUCUAUUAUGAUCAGUCCAGUGGGGCAGGUCAAUAUAUUUAUGUGGCCGAGGAUGGAAUCUGGAAGGACCAUCCCGAGUUCGACGGUGCACUCAUCGAGCACGUGGAAGGAGCGGACUAUGGCGAUAAGGAUAUUACCGCCGACCUGGAGCACGGGUCCGGGGUUGCCGCAAAAGUAAUCGGAAGGAACCUCGGAAUUGUCAAGGCCGCGACCAUGGUCGUUCUCGACAAAAAUGCCAACGAAAAUGACGUCGCUAAUCCCAAAACGAUCAUCAAGGAGAAGAUCCUCGAGUCAUUGCUCAAUGCUGCUGACGAUAUUGCUAGAGACGAAGGACGCCGCAAGGGCAAGUCCGUCGUGAGCAUAUCAUGGGGCGUCAGGUCAAUCUUUGUACCCCCUGAAUUCUUGGAUACUAUGCUCGCUAUCCUCAAGGAGCUGGAUGCGCUCGACACCCCCAUUGUCACACUGGCGCACAACUAUGCUCGAGACCGCAGCAUCGGCCCGGAGAUAAUACAUUACCCUGCCAAGUUCCUCGGGGAGGGGAAGUUUCCAAAUCUGAUUGUUGUCGGAUCAACAAACGGGAACAGCAGACGGGCUGGCUCGAGUAUGGAGUCGGACUGGAUGACCACAUAUGCACCCGGCGAGAAUGUGAACAUCCCCGCUGGGCCAUCCGGGGGAUAUAUGGUGGACAGCGGGACCUCUUACGCGACUCCCCUUGUCGCCGGCUUGGUUGCUUAUUUCCGUGCUCUCCCCCUGCCAGGCGACUGGAGCACGCAGCUGCAGAAGCCAGCCGCGAUCAAGGCGUUGAUCAGGAAUUUCCAGCGACGACUCAUCAUCAGCGAUCCCAGCGUCCCGCCCGACGAAUCAGGAACGACGGACAUCAAGCCCUUCAUCUGGAACGGCCAGGUUUUCGACAAGUCGUGUCUGCUCGACCGGCCCUUCGAGGGCGAUGCCGUGUGCGGAGACGAGCUCCCCGCCGAUCUAGGAACCCUGUCCGCCAACGGCGGCGAGUCCAUCCAGGGCAACGGAGACGGCAGCGCCUACCCGGACGGCCAGGGACCUCCCAGCGACGCCACGGGGUCGUCGAUCACGUACCACCCGGGCACGCCCUCGCCGACCUGCACCACCAAGUGCGGCACCCUCUGCAGCGGCUACUACUGCCAGGCCAACCCCACGGGCACGCCCUCCGACUUCACCGACCCGGUCAACCUACCCACCCCGCCACCGAUAGGCCCCACGUCGUGCGACUUCACGACGACGUCGACGCAGUGCAACGGCAGCGGCGGCAACACCGUCUGCGUCCCCGUCGAGGUGUGCACGACGGCGCCCGACCUGCCCGACCUACCGGGGGGCCCGACCCACACGGGCACCUGCGUCGCCUCGGGGGCGGUGACGACGUGCGCCAUGGGACCCGGCGGGCAGUCGGCGUGCGUGACGACGUCGACGUGCACCAACUGGGCGACGGCGACGCCGAAGCCGCCGCCGCCGCCGCCGCCGCCGCCGGUGCCCGAGAAUGGCUUCAUCAUCAUCGCGCUGAUGGAGCUGCUGGCCAACUCGGAGGGGGGCUUCGGCUUCGGGCAGUGGGUCCGGUCGUGGAGCGUGUUGGCGUCGACGCUGGAUCGGCCGGUCGAGCUGUGCGAUUCGUCUGCAGUCUUCACCAAGUCGACGACCGCGGCCAACGGCGCUAGUCCCGGGUUCCCGCCGACGCUGGGGCCGUUCGAGGCCGUGGGCUUCACGUGCACGUACAAGGGGACUGAAGAUAAGUUGGGGCUGCUGGUUUGUGAUGGUGUCAAGAAUAUGUGGUGUUCGCACAUGGAGAAGCAAGUUGAGGGGUGCGGGAUUGUGUACAACCCGACCAUGACCACCGUCGUGCUUUGCCAGUGGUGA